AAUCUAACAAAGUAUUAUUAGAAAGAAGCCUCUUAAAAAAAAAACAAGCAUGAACACCAUUAUUAUCUUUCUCUUUCUCUCAUUCUGUUUCAUGCAUUUAGUUUUUCCCCAAUGUCCAUUUAACUUUCGAAAGCUUGAUUUACCAUCAACUUCAGUAGGUCCUAGUGGCAUCGCCUUUGACUCACUUGGUAGAGGACCAUAUACAGGCAUCUCUGAUGGUAGAAUUGUCAAAUACAACACAUCUAAUUUUAUACAAGUCUACAUAACUUCACCACAAAGAUCAAGUGCAGUGUGUGAUGGGACGAAUAAUCCAGCUAUUUUGGGACCUAUUUGUGGGAGACCAAAAGGUGUAGACUUCUAUUACAAAGAAAACCUUUUGUAUAUUACAGAUGCUUAUAAAGGGUUCCUUGUGGGAGGUAAGAAAAGACUUGCAAAACCAUUGGCCACUGGAGCCGAAGGGGUGCCUUUUAAAUAUCCUGUUGGCAUAAAUGUUGACCAACUCACUGGAGAUGUUUAUUUCACAGAUUCCAGUUCUGUAUUCCAAUUAAGCCAAAUGACACAAGCAGUUCUAGUGAAUGAUGCAACAGGAAGAUUAUUAAAAUACAACCCCAAAACAAAACAAAUAUCAGUGCUUCUAAGGGGGAUUGGAGGAGCAGCUGGCGUGGCAAUAAGUUCUGAUCGCUCGUUUGUUCUUGUAACUGAGUACAUAGCCAAGAGGAUCAUAAAAUUUUGGCUAAGAGGUCCCAUGGCUUUUAAAUCACAAGUUAUUCUCAAGCUCCAAGGCAGGCCUGACAAUAUUAAGAAGACCCCUACAGGAGACUCUUUUUGGGUGGCAGUGAACACAAUGAGUCCUGGUGGUCUAACUAUCCCUAUGGCUAUAAAGAUUAAUGGAAACGGUGACGUUUUGCAUACCCUACCUCUUGACUGCUAUUAUUUCAAUACUACUAUUGGUGAAUUUAACCAGCGUGGCUCACACUUUUAUGUUGGAUCCCUUGAAGCUGAUUUUGUUGGUUUAUUGAACUAAUGAAAGAUUUAUAUAUAUAUAUAUAUAAGCAAAUUUUGAUAUAGGGUGUCACUUAGUUCCUAUCGAUUCGAUUUUUUCUAUUUUCUGACACGUGGAGAAAUUAUAAUUCUUUUAUACGGCAGUGUACAUUGUAGUUAUAAAUAGUAGACAUUUCAUUAAUUUUCAAAAAAAUCUGAAUAGUUUACGAUGCCGAUAUUAAGGUUCAAACAGUCUGUUGCACGAGUGCCUUUUUUUAUAUACAUGUAUAAAAUAGACUUUUUGAAUAAUUAUUUCGGCAAUGUAAAUUAUUUUGAAUUUUUUGAAAAUUAGUGAGAUAUCUGUCAUAACUAUAAUGUACAUCGUCAUUUUAAAAAAUUGGAUUAUAAUUUCUUCUUGUGCCGAAAACAAAAAUAAUCUUAUCAGUAGGGGUUAAAGUGACACCCCUACAAUAAAAUCACCUUAUAUAUAAAUAUAUAUAUAUUGACCUAGCUAGACCCAAAAAAAUAAUAAUAGUGAGUGACUAUAUGUUUUUCUUGUUUUUACAAUUUGAAAAACUAGUAUGAUGUAUAAGAAUCUUGUAAUUUCUAAAUAAAUUUGAUAAAUAAAAGACAUUACCCAUUCACCUUA